UGAUCGGCCCCUUCCCCUCCCCCCGCCGCAUCCAGGCUGCGGGCUGGCGGCGCGGGGCCGGCCGGGUGCAUGGGGCAGGCGAGCCCGCUGCCUGGCUGGCGUUGCAGGGAGCCCGGCGGCGAGCGCCCAGCCCGGCACGAUGAUGAAGUUUCGGUUCCGGAGGCAGGGGCACGACCCCCAGCGGGAGAAGCUCAAGCUGGAUCUCUUCGCCUUCAACAAGACCGUGGAACAUGGGUUCCCCAACCAGCCGAGCUCUCUGGCCUACGACCCCAAGCUGCGAAUUAUGGCCGUUGGCACCAAAUCGGGAGCUGUGAAAGUAUACGGCGCUCCAGGAGUGGAGUUCACUGGCUUGCACAAGGAGACUGCUGCCGUCACACAGACACACUUUUUGCCUGGACAGGGUCGGCUGCUGUCCUUGCUGGAUGACAACACCCUGCACCUGUGGGACAUCGACCAGAAGGAUGGCUAUUCGCACUUGGAGGAGACCCGCAGCUUCAUCCUCCCGGGCCGACCAGGAUUCGACAGCACGAACUCUCCUCCCAGCAUUACCCGGGUGACGGUGAUCCUGCUGAAAUCUGCCUGCGAUGUGGCCUGCCUGGGCACAGAAGGGGGUGGCGUGUACUUCCUGGAGCUCUCUGGCUUAACGCUGCUGGAGGAUAAAACCCUGUAUCAAGAGGAGAUCAUGCAGAGCGUGCCAGACGACUACCGCUGCGGGAAGGCUCUUGGACCAGUGGAGUCGCUGCAGGAACACCCUCAAGACUUCUCCAAGAUCCUGAUUGGCUAUAGCAGGGGGCUGGUGAUCGUGUGGGACCAGAGCACCAGAAACGUCCACCACCUCUUCCUGGGCAAUCAGCAGCUGGAGAGCCUUGCCUGGGAACGGAGCGGCAGGACGGUGGUGAGUUCGCACAGCGAUGGAGGUUACAUGGUGUGGUCCAUCAACAGUAGCUGCCAUAAGACUCUGCAGCCACUCAUGUCAACUAUCCCCUAUGGUCCAUUUCCCUGUAAAGCCAUCAACAAAGUCCUGCGGAGAACCUGUGACUCUGGAAAUCACUUCAUCAUCUUCAGCGGGGGCAUGCCCCGCGCCAGCUACGGGGACCGGCACUGCGUCAGCAUCCUGCAGGGCCAGAGCCUGGUCACCCUGGACUUCACGUCGCGUGUGAUCGACUUCUUCACCGUGCACCACACGGAGCCGGAGGAGGAGUUCGAUAACCCAAGUGCCCUGGUGGUCCUGGUGGAAGAGGAGCUGGUGGUCCUCGACCUGAAGACGCCCGGCUGGCCUACGGUUCCUGCCCCCUACCUGGCGCCCCUCCAUUCCUCCGCCAUCACCUGCUCCUAUCACAUCUCCAAUGUCCCCCUGAAGCUGUGGGAGCGGAUCAUCAGCGCUGGAGAGCAGCAGAGCCCCCGGCAUUCGUCUGUGAACUGGCCGAUCAGCGGAGGGAAAAACUUAGCCCAAGAACCCACCCAGAGAGGCCUUCUUCUCACGGGGCACGAGGACGGCACGGUCCGCUUCUGGGACGCCUCAGGGGUGUCGCUGCGGCCGCUGUACAAACUGGGCACGGCCAACAUCUUCCAGACGGACUGCGAGCACAGCGACUGCCUCAACCCGGCCAGCGAGGAGGAGUGGCCUCCCUUCCGCAAGGUUGGCUGCUUUGAUCCGUACAGCGACGACCCUCGGCUGGGCAUCCAGAAGAUUGCGCUGUGUAAAUACACGGCCCGGAUGGUGGUGGCUGGGACUGCCGGGCAGGUGCUCGUCAUGGAGCUGAGUGACGAGAAGUCGCAUCACAUGAUCAGUGUGGCCAUGGUGGACCUGCUGCAGGACCGGGAGGGCUUCACCUGGAAGGGGCACGACCGGCUCACCCCCAAGAAUGGCUCCAUCACCUUCAGCCCAGGCUUCCAGCCCAGUGUGCUGGUGCAGUGCAUGCCGCCGGCCGCCGUCACUGCCGUCACGCUGCACUCCGAGUGGAACCUGGUGGCCUUCGGCACCAGCCACGGCUUCGGGCUCUUUGACUAUUACCGACGCAACGCGGUGCUGGCCAGGUGCACGCUCCACCCCAACGACUCCCUGGCCAUGGAGGGGCCCCUCUCCCGAGUGAAGUCGCUGAAGAAGUCCCUGCGCCAGUCCUUCCGCAGGAUCCGCAAAAGCCGAGUCUCCGGCAAGAAGAGAGUUGGUGCCAACAGCUCGUCCAGCAAGGUGCAGGAAGCCAAUGCCCAGCUGGCCGAGCAGGCCGGCCCCACUGACGUGGAGAUGACCCCCGUGCAGCGGCGGAUCGAGCCCCGGUCAGCCGACGACUCGCUCUCGGGGGUGGUGCGCUGCCUGUACUUCGCCGAUACCUUCCUCCGAGACGCCGCACACCACGGGCCCACCAUGUGGGCUGGGACCAACUCGGGCUCCGUGUUCGCCUACGCCCUGGAGGUCCCGUCCCAGGAGAAGUUCUCGGAGCGCUCGGUGGAAGCGGUGCUGGGCAAGGAGAUCCAGCUGAUGCACAGGGCGCCGGUGGUGUCGAUCGCGGUCCUGGACGGGCGAGGGAACCCUCUCCCGGAGCCCUACGAGGUGUCCCGGGACCUGGCCAAAGCCCCUGACAUGCAGGGCAGCCAUUCUGUGCUCAUCGCCUCGGAGGAGCAGUUCAAGGUGUUCACGCUGCCAAAAGUCAGUGCCAAGACCAAGUUCAAGCUGACGGCCCACGAGGGUUGCCGGGUGCGGAAGGUGGCGCUGGUGAGCUUCGCCAGCCUGGCGUGCGAGGACUACACGGAGAAUUGCCUGGCGUGCCUUACCAACCUGGGGGACAUCCACAUCUUCACGGUGCCCGGCCUGCGGCCGCAGGUGCACUACGACUGCAUCCGCAAGGAGGACAUCAGCGGCAUCGCCUCCUGCGUCUUCACCAAGCACGGGCAAGGCUUCUACCUGAUCUCGCCUUCCGAGUUCGAGCGAUUCUCCCUGAGCGCCCGGAACAUCACAGAGCCGCUGUGCUCGCUGGAGCUCGUCCGGCUUCGCGGUACCGCCUGUCACAGCCCCAAUUUCACCGGGACACUGAAACUGACCCAGGCCAACGGGACUCACGUGCUGCAGGGCUCGGAGGCAAACGGCUCCCCCGGCGACAGCACCCGGACGCCUGAGGAACCCCAGGCUGCCUUCUCCCCGGCACCCACCGAUUCGCCGAGCAGCCCGGAGAGCCCCCUGGACACCACCGGGGACAUCACCGUGGAGGAAGUGAAAGAUUUCCUGGCCUCCUCGGAGGAAGCGGAGAGGAACCUGAGGAAUGUGAGCGAGGAGGAGGCCCGCUCUCCGGGGAUCCUGAUUAAAUGAGGGACCGUGCCGGCCUGUCUCCGCGCCUGGAUUCCCUGGACACAAGACUUGACUGAGCCAGGCUGUCGGCUCCGCUUCUCCCCAGAGACCCUCCGCGUAACUUAGACUCGCCUCUUCUCUUUAACAUCCGGCCGGGAAGCUGGAGCGUGACGCCACCCCCCCCCCGCUCUGCCCCGGUUCGAAGGUUCUCUCUCUCCGCCGAGCCGAGCCGCCUUCCGCCAGCGGGCCUAGUGCACAGCAACACUACAGCUCUGCCCCCCCUCCAAGCAAAAUCCGGACCCGGGGCAGCAGGGUGGAAUCACUGCUUCCGCCCGGCCUAGACCGGGAGGGACUGCAUCCAUCUCCCGGGACCCCAUUGCCGGGCACAGCAUCACACGGACGUCUGGGGGGAGGGUUUUAUACAGUUAGUCUCUGGUUUGGGUUUUUCUCCCCUUCCCCCCUCCCCCUCUGCUGAGCUCCCAGAAGGACUCUGAUCUGGGCCAGGGGGGAUAGGGACAUUGCUUUGCCUGGGGGGGGAGUGUUUACAUGUUUACUCCUCACUCGAGCAGCUAUUUGAAUACUUCUACUUUCCACGGAACUGCCUGCCUGCCCCAGAUGGUAAGUCCGGGAGGGCUGGCUGGACUCGCCUUAACACCCGUCUGCCACUAGGGGGCCCUCUCGCUCAAUACCGGAUUGAUUUCUCAGUGGUGUUGACGGCAUUCCCCCCCGGCCCCCUUCAAGGCCUGUGGGGAAUGAUCUCCACUUGUCUCAAGGAGCAGGGUUCACCCUCUGGGGACCCAUUGGCUCUCGCUGUAGCGUCGUGUAGCGGGCGGGUGAUCACUGUGACCCAUAGCACAACUCCAGAGUGUCUCACUGGCACUGGAGGUGAAAUAGCCACGCUAGGGUCCAGCUCCUUUCUCAGCACCUUUCCCUCCUCCUGGGGGGCAGGAGAGCCAAGUUCCUGCUCUGGUUUAGCAGCCUUUAGUUUGGGGGCUGGUUGCCUGUAGGGGCCUUCAUCUUCCAUCUUCACAGCUGGGUCCCCCCCCCCCCCCCACACCUCUUGGAACACCUUUGGAUGAAGGAGACCAGGGCAGAGUCAGUCAGCACCAGGCACCGCUCGCCCAAGAUGGGACCCUGCCAUGCUGAUCCAGGCGUGGGUGACCCAAGGCCAGUGCCUUCAAACAGGCGUGCCUAAGCGUUAAUGCCAAAACAAGGGGCUGUAGACUCUUCUUCUUCCCCCUCCCCCUCCAAGAUGCUGAGCAGAUGCCUCUUGGUCUCACCGGUUGUUGCAAGUGCCCGGCUCCCCUGGAAACCAGUCCCUGGCGAUUACUCACUGGGUGCCAACGCCUCUGUAUGAAAAUGGCCCCAGAUGUUUGCCUGCCUGCACCAAGACCGUUUACGUGCAGUUGUGACUUCACGGGCUGCUCGCAGCCUCAGCCAGGUGUGAGACGGGGCCCGAGUUCUGCUGGAGGAGGUUCCCUUCCUCGCGUUUCAGCCGGGCUUUGCAAUCAGACUGGGGCCCAGCCAACUCCUGCUGCUUCAGGGCAAAGCAGCCGCUGAACUGGCUUUCCGCUUUUAACGUGGGCCACCCGCCAGCCCCUGGCCCGAGUUACACUUUUAACCCCCUGUGGCAUUUGAAACUUCCCCGGCCACUGGGCUGACAGGUGGCUGCUGGUCAGGGAAGUUCAUUCCCAGGCAGCGGCAAUGCAGAGGCCUGUUGAUCAAAAGGCUUGUUGCUGGCAGACCGGUCAGUUUCAGCGGGGAUAUUUUAAUCCGUUUCCUUAGGAUCCUGGUUUUCCUUCAGCGCUGCUUGAGCUCUUUGCACAGGUGGGAUGAGGCUUUUGGAUGGGGGGUGGGGGACGCGCUCGGUGAAUGUUGAAGAUGGUUUGUUUUGACUUGGUCACACUUUAAAAUUCAGGUGGGGGGGCCCCGCCGGCAGCACUGAAGAACGUAGCCUGAGCCGCUGUUGAGCGGUAGGCCCCGUUUCUAGCAGUAUCAGUUUCCUUAGUUGCUCUGAGUUGGCGCGUAGAGCCAGGCCCGGUGGCCGCUGGGGAUUCCUGUCUCUAAACUGGAUUGGAAGGUGACUUCUGGGCCCGACGGUGCUAGCUGGCUUGGGCUCUCCUGGGCCCGAGGAGCGUUAUAGCAGAGCCUCUCCCCUCGGGGUUGGGAAGGAGGAAACUGAACGGAUCAAGCCUGGCCCGGCUUCCACAGCGAUCUCUGCCAUCCCUCUGCUUUGAGCUCUCCAUUCUUGCCUGAUCAGCGCUGGGGCUGGGAAACGGCCCCGCUCCGCUCUGUUCUUCCCACGGGGACGGGGGAAUCUCGCAGCCGGGUCAGCCCUUGUUCCUUCAUCCCAAGCUUUAGCCCCCGCGGUGUUCUCCCUCGUCUCCGGGAGGCCCCUUCACAGGGUGCGCACCUGCUCCCAGUGCGGCCGGGCAGGCAUUGUUUUUCCCCCCGUUGCAAGGGCUGGGGGCCUGGAGCUAGAGGACAGGCCUGGGAUCGAGUGAACGCCGUACCCCCUCAGUGCCUGAUCCAGGCUGCUUUCCUCUUGCCAAAGUGCCAAAGGGCAUGCUGGGCCCUGAAAGUCCCAGUACCUGAGCUGUUGUAGGAGUUACAAGGGCUGGAAUGGGGGCAUUUGCCUGCUGCCCCCUCACCAUGCCUUUAUGGGGCAUCAGCCCCACCUCUUACUAGCACAAGCAAAUGCCCAUCUCCCCUCGGCUGGCCCGGACAUGGCCCCUGGCUGCCUUGUCACAUGGCCCCUUGUGCCAAACCAGCUGUGGGCCGACCCCGGUUCUCCCUGCGGCUCUUUGAUCGGGAGGUGCAUGGCAGAGCAUGUCCCCGAAUCUGAGCCUGGUACCGGAGAUCGGAAGCGUGUCGAGGGUGGGGUGCGGGGCUCGGUUAGUCAGUGGCCGAUACUUUUGAGUCUUUGAAGGAACUGGCUGAGCCAGGGCUGGGGCAGAGGAGGAAUUUGAACUGCACAAACUCUCUGGACCCCUCCCGGUUCUGUUUGCUGAUAGUAUUUUUCUACACCCGACCUUUGCCGCCGGAACCAAUACUGUGUGUGGCUAUUUUGGUACUAGAUCUGUGGGGGGAGGGGAGAAAUGUAGUUGCCAUGGGAUCCCCUGCAGUCUAACCCAGCCCUGUGGGGUUCUAGUGGCCCCGGUAGAAUGUCCCGUCCCCCCCGUGUCUUUUUGGUAAGAUGAAUUUAGCAUUGUCUAGUUAUGAAAUACUGGUUUUUAAUAUUGAAAAUAAAGCAUUUAAUAUCUUA